AUGCAUCGGCAGCGUCACCCGAACGCCCGACGGCAUCGUCGACAUGCGGCGCACCACAACCACAACGCGCGAUCGCACCUCCACCACCACCACCGCCGCCGCACCAGCGGAAGACGAAUCCGCGUUGCUGUUGUUGUUGCUGCUGCUCUCUUCACGGCUCAGGAUGCGUGCGAGCGCCGGGUCAAGGCUCUCCGGCGGGACCAGUGCGGCGCCGUCCACCUCGACACGUACCGCCCACGUCAGCUCCGCCACACCGCGCCUCCGCAUCUGCAGAAGGCCUGCCGUCCCGCCACGCGUUGCGGGUGCUUGGACGUGGCAUGGCCCAGCGCCGCGCUCGGUGCACUCAAAGUGCCCCUCUACUGCGUCGUCCUUCUGGUGCAGCGGCUCCCAUGCGGAGCCGGGAAAGCGCAGCGGCAAUCGGCACGUCUCGCGCAUCGCCGCCAGCACAAGUUUCAGCGUGAGUGCCUCAACCGGCACGUCGUCACUGCACGCUGUCAUAGGCGAUGUCGCCGGCUGCAGCAGGACGCCUUGCACCGCCCAGAGCUCCUGUGCCUCAAGCAGCGUCGGGUCGCACACCUCGUCCACAUCGCUCACAUAGAAGGAGACGUUGUUACGGCCCACAAAGAGUGGGUAGGUGGCUGUGUCCUCUGUGUAUGGGUUAUGACGCACUCGCUGUAG